AUGCGCACUUCCCUUCAUGUAGUCUUCCAGAACGUGAAUCAUUCCCCACAACAUACACAUCUCCUCCUUGAGCAGUGCGCGGCGCGCGACGUCGACGUAGUCUGUAUUCAGGAGCCGUGGUACGGGCCCAUUCGCCCUAUCCCCUCUGCUUCGCCUGCAGGCCCUGCCGAGCGCACCGACGACAAUAUGCUGUAUGGCACGCAGCUCCACCCAGCGUGGACGCUUGUCGAGCCCCGAAAGGAUGCACGUGUCGUGUGCCAUGUCAGCCGCAAGCUCUCCAACGCUGUCCUCUCCCUCGACCCCAAUGUCUCCCACCGUGACUGCAUGAUUCUCCUCCUACGCCUUGACCCCACUCUCGACCCUCUUGCUAUCCUGAACAUCUACAACGAUGCCCAAAACCAUGCCAUUGAAUACCUCACUGAUAAUGCUCAACGGCUGCCUGUUAUUGACGUUGCAGGUGGCGACUACAACACUCACUCGCGCGUGUGGGACCCCGACUACCCGCCGGAUUCCGCGGCGCGUUCGGGCGAGGUCUUGGAGCUGCACGCUCAUCUCGGCCUUCGCUUGCUCUCACCUCCUGGCAUCCACACCCAUUUCCCACACCGUCACGCCCUUCGCCCCACUGUCAUCGACCUCAUUUGGGUACCCAACGACCGUCCACACCAGCUCUACACAAUCGAAGUUGCUGCGGACGAGCGUGGACUCUCGGACCAUGCGGUUAUCCAUGUCGAAAUCCCGGCGCCUCUCUGGUCUCUCGACGGCGCACCUGGAAUCCCGCCAAAGUCAGAAGAAGAACAGGAGUUCGUUGCGGAUGUCUGUGCGGCAGUUCAGCAACGUCUCCCUCCCGAAUUCCCCCUCCAUAACGAGCACGACCUCCGCUCAGCAGUGGACACUCUGUUCGACUGCAUCUCAAGCGCCUGGACGGCUCACGCUACCCCUCUCCGCAUCUGCGACAAGUCUCGUCAGUGGUGGGAUGAAGCCUGCUCGGCUGCUCGCGACGACUUGAAGCCAAGUGCGUCGGUGCGGCGCGCAUUCCGUGUUCUCAAGUCCACAAUCCGCACCCGCCGCCGGACACAUCUAGACGAGCGGAUUCAGUUCGUAGCAGAGAAGCAGCGC